AUGAGAUUUCUACUGCAUUGGAUACCAAAAGUGGAAGAAGACGCAAAGAGGAAGAACAAUUUAGUUGAAACAGCACCACAAGUAGCAUCAUUAAUAGAGCCUUGCAAAAUAGCUGAACAAAUAUCAAAUGAUUGUCUAUGGUGCAAUAGGAUGAAGAUUAGAGAUGAAAUGAAUACAAGUUAG